CCCUCUUGUAUCCUCAAAUCUCACCCGGUGGCGUCGCGCUAGGGAGACGCGCGGGAAGACAAGAUGUCGGAGCGGAAAGUUUUAAACAAAUACUACCCGCCCGACUUCGACCCAUCUAAGAUCCCCAAACUCAAGCUCCCCAAAGACCGUCAGUAUGUGGUGCGGCUCAUGGCGCCUUUCAACAUGCGGUGUAAGACGUGCGGGGAGUACAUCUACAAGGGCAAGAAGUUCAACGCCCGCAAGGAGACGGUGCAGAACGAGGCCUACCUGGGGCUGCCUAUUUUCCGCUUCUACAUCAAGUGCACGCGCUGCCUAGCCGAGAUCACCUUCAAGACAGACCCUGAGAACACAGACUACACCAUGGAGCACGGCGCCACGCGCAACUUCCAGGCCGAGAAGCUGCUGGAGGAGGAGGAGAAACGGGUGCAGAAGGAGCGGGAAGACGAGGAGCUCAACAACCCAAUGAAGGUCCUGGAGAACCGCACCAAGGACUCCAAGCUGGAGAUGCAGGCCCUGGAGAACCUGCAAGACCUGCAGGACCUCAACCAGCGCCAGGCCUGCGUGGACUUCGAGGCCAUGCUGCGCCAGCACCGGCUCUCGGAGGAGGAGCGGCGCCUGCAGGAACAGGAGGAGGACGCGCGGGAGACAGCGGCCCUUCUGGAGGAGGCUCAGAGGCGGCGGCUGUUGGAGGACUCAGACUCCGAGGAGGACACCGCCCCAACUCCGGCUCCGGCCAGGCCGGCCCUCAGGCCCAACCCCACGGCCAUCCUGGAGGAGGCUAAAAGGAAGGCAGACGGCCUGGGGGGCCGUGGGCGCAGGUCCCAACUGGCCGGCUUGGUGCUGGUGAAGAAGGCCAAGGUGGACACGGCUGGCCAGGCCGCCUCCAGCCCAGGAGCAAAGGCUUCAGAACCCGGAUCCCGGGAGGCGGCGCCAAGUCCAGGUAAGGUCCCACAGCCACUCCCUUCCUCUGCACCCAGACGCAGGGGUGCCUCGAGCGUGGGGGUGUCAAGGAUCUGGGGGUACCCCUGGGGGCAGGUGUGGCCUCCCUGGGCCAGGGGCUCGCACCUUGCAGGCUGAGGUUCCCGGCCUAUGAACCAGGGCCUUGGCAGGACCAGCCGUGGCCAUUCGUCAGGUGGAUGGGUG